ACAAUUUAAAAUAGUUUCUCAUGUGUAUUAUACUUGUGUAAACGUAAACAAAGAGUGUUUGAGGUAGAGUGACUGACUGGUUGGUAUAAAUCCUCACAUGCAGUAGCCAACACAUGUGGCUCAACUUGAUUUAACUAAACCACAAACGUAUAGAAGAAGGAAGAAUCAUGGAUCCAGAUUUGGCUCAGCAGAUGUUUGAGGAAGGUGGAACACUGGUCAUGCUGGGUAUGCCAACAGGAACUGAAUUUGGCAUUGACUUGAAUUCAUGGAAUAUUGGUGAAAGAUUUAAAGGGGUGAAGAUGAUUCCACCAGGUCUCCAUUUUAUAUAUUUUAGUGCUGUCAGUCGCCAAGGAGAUACAGCACCAAGGACAGGAUUUUUCCAUGUUUUCCAACACAGGGAGGUACUAGUGCGUCAUUAUGAUCCAAAAGAUGAGGACUUAAAAAUGGAAGAUGUAGAUCCAGAAGAAGUGGAAAGGAUCCGUGCUGGACUGCGUGAUUUGGACCGACAUCUUGGUGCAUAUCCCCUAGAAUCAUGGGAGAAAUGGAUAUCUUUGACACAGUAUAUUGACUCGGGGGAAUUACAAAGAAUGUUACCAGAAUCAGGCAGAAUAUGUUCUGUAAUUGAGCUGGCAUCAGGAAAUUCAUGGCAAAGGACUGGAAAACAAUCUAAAAGUGAUGGCACAGUUGCAGCUGAAACCAUGUCAUCAGCAAGCUCUAGUGAUCAAUCAGCUGCUAGUGGAGAAUUAAGUAACCUGGCCCUGCAGUCAAGCACAUCAACUAGCAACAAACAUAAUACUGAUUCAAGUUCAGAAAUAAUAAUAUUGUGUUCAGAUAUACCCAAGGAAGAAGAACCAAUUCCAGUUCUACCAGAGAUGAUUCCAAAAGCAGGCACACAGUUUCGUUUUAGUAAAUUCCCAGAUCGGCCUUACCAUGAUGGUGCAACACCAAGUGAAGUGACACAAUAUAGCUUAGAUUCCUCCUACAGUGUCAGACAAAUGAUAGCCAAAGCUAAUCGACCUGAGAGUAUGUUAUCAGAAUUGCAGUUGGCUUUCAUAAGUUUUUUAGUGGGUCAAGUUUGGGAUGGAUGGGAGCAGUGGCAGCGCCUUUUGUCAGCACUAUGUCGUGCAGAAGAACUUUUGAUGCAGUAUCCAGAACUGUACACCAAGUUUCUUUCUAUAUUACAUUUUCAGAUUCAUGAGGUCCCAGAAGAUCUUUUUGUUGACAUUGUAGAGAGCAACAACUUCCUGGCAGCAGCUCUGACAGCUCUAUUUGCCAAUAUGAGUGACAAUUCUAACUCUCUUCCACCAGCAUUAGUGAAGAAAGCUCAGCGUUUUAAAACUCAUGUGACUCGUAAGUUUAAGUGGGAUCUUAAUUUAGAGGAUGAAGGGGAAGAUGCUCCAGUCAUUGUGGAAACCUAAGAUUUAUCCUAGCAGCAACUUAAUUGAAAUGUAAUGACCAGCAUCAUUUAGUUUAUGAUGACAUGCCUUUCAGCCAAGCAGCUCAUGUAAUGUACAGUUUGCUAAAUUCACUGAUUCAGACCCCAGGUAGUCCUGGGAUUCAUGGCUGAGUAAUAAACCUUAUUAUUAGUCACCAACUAAUUAAGUAUAAUAUAAUUCCUGGAUUUUAAUAAUUUGACUGGUCUGUGACCAAUUGUAAGGUUAGUUACCGAAUCAUUAAUCCCAGGAAUACCUGGGUCCAAAACCUAUGGGUUUGGUGAACUGUAUAUUACCUGGGCUGCCUGGCUUUAGGCUUUAUCAUAAAAUGUGAUUUCUGGGUCAAUCCAUCAUUUAUGCUAAUAAACCUCUACCAAA